UAUAAAGCACCAGAGGCCUUCCUCUCCUCUUCGUCUUCAACCUCCGCUCUCUCGUGCCGCCAUUAGCCACCACCAACUCCCCCCAUUUGCUUCAAUGGCUGACGAGUUUCCUCCACCACUGGAUAAUGCCGAGCCUCCAUUGGCGAAAGUCCCCGCCGACAUAGUCCGCGAGAUCGUCAGCAGCCUCCGAUGCAAAAUCGAUCGCGACCGCGCACGGUACCUCGGCGAAACCUGGCGCGCGCAGAUUCAGCUGCUCGAGCCGGUGCCUCCCCCGCUCCCGUGGCUCCUCGUCCCGAGAUCCGUCGGGCCUCCGGUCUUCCACUGCGUCCUCAGCAACUGGCGCACCCACCGCUACUUCCUCGUGGACAGCGCACACACCGCGCGCUUCUUCGGCUCCUACGACGGCAACUGGCUCUUCGUCUCCCUCCACCAAAAGGACAAACACUUCCUCCUCAACCUUGAGCGUCCGUACCUGCGCAUCGAUCUCCCCAACACGUGCCUACGCAGUUUCCUGGUGCCGCCGUUCGAACACCUACAAAUCCUAGUUGAGGUCGGGAUCUUCAUCGUCGCCGCCACCUUCUCGCGCCAGCCAACCGAACAGGGAUGCGUCGCCGCCGGCAUCAUCGGCUAUCGUCCCAGCAGCCCAGUCGAGGACACCUGGCACAUCGGGUUCUGGAAGAUGGGCAAUGAGGCACCGGUGAUUUCACAGCCGAUGAACGAGGACCUUGAAGUGCAGGACCUCCUGUACAGCCGUGGAGACGAAGCCUUCCUCUUCCUCACCCGAGGGGAACACAUCCGUGAGUUUCGUCAACCCAUAUUCCCUCUCCCGGACAUGAAAACGAAAGUGCGGUACUUCCAGCGGCGCGGCGGCGAGGGCGACGGGCCUGUCCUCGCUCGCUACCUCGUGGAGUCCCGGGGGGAGUUGCUCAUGGUCGUCAGGUUAGGCACUCGUGAACCCCACUCGCCGACGUUGGCGUUCCGGGUGUUCCAGCAAGAAGUCCGGAAUGUCAUCAACGCCGAAGGGGAAGUUGAAGCUGAGCACCACUGGGCCGAGCUGCCCGCACUCGAGGGCCGUAUCAUGUUCGUCGGAAGAGGCUGCUCCAGAUCGUACGAAGUGGCGCAUGGGUACCCCGGCAAGGAGGGCAUCUACUUCCUGGAUGACCGGAGCUUCUACGACCACCAGAUCGUGUUCAGGAGUAGAGCCCAACGGCGAUACCACUGCAGCGAUGUCGGGAAAUGGUCGGGAACACCACCGCAGGUCAGGCAAUGCAUCCCGGAGUAUGGUCCGUCCAACGAAUCCUCUCCAGUUUGGGUUCUCCCUUAGAUGAGACAACGAGUUUUGGCAGAGCAAAUCAAGUUAGUAUGUGAUCAUGCUGAGUGUAAGCUGCAUCGUUUUGACAACGAGUUUCGGCAGAGCAUCAGAUCAAAUAAGUAGUAUGUGAUCGUGCUGAUUUCGAUGGUGUUGUCAUGUUGAAAUUUUUGCUUGCUGGUGAAAGCUGGCUACAGAAUACUCAAUUCAGUGAACAAAUUCUAAUUGAUGAUGAGUGCCGGUUUACUUAGUUCCUCUGUACUUGCAUUUUAAAGCUGCAGUGAGAAUUCAAUGUCCAAAUAUCUUGACUGCUGUCUGCAGAUUGUUCUGUUUCGUUAUGACUGCAUAGUCUGCACUUCCGAAUUAAUUCAUCUGCAUAUUUUUAGUUCUAAAAAGAGGCUGAUAGAGUUUUAUGGUUCCAGGGAUUGGUGCAUCGUCCUAUAUAUGUCAGCUGCAACCAGAAACGAAUUCGGUUGAUUCAAUGGGCAGUUGAUUGUGCUUGGAUUUUGCGUGACCAGUCCACGUCAUAUUUCUUCGUCGAUCGAGUUAUCAUACUUUGUCUUUCUAGAGGCUGCAAGAAAUCAAAUGGAAACUCAGAGAAAAUGAAAACACGUCAAGCUGAAA